AUGAAAACGACAACAUCAGAAAUAUCAAAACCAUAUAUUUAUAUUAAUACUAAUGGUUCAUUAUCACACAAGUUGAAUAAAAGAGUCGAAGGUUCAAUUAAAAACAUCGGACAUAUAGAAAAUGAAUCAGAUAAAUUAAAUGAAAAAAACGAAAGAAUGAUUGAAGAAGAUAAAACAUCGAAUGAAUCAUAUCAACAAAAUUUUAAUACUAAUGCGAAUUCAAUUCCAAUCGUUGUCAAUUCCACAAAUUCGCAUUCAAAUUGUAUUAAAGAUAAGUCACAUUUGCUUAAACUUAUAAAAUAUCGAAUUGCUCAAAUUAACCGUUUGGAUGAAUCUGGCAAUAUUGAAACAUCCAAAACGUUAGCAAAAACUGUAGAGACAUUGCCAAGAAGACUACUCUUAGGUGGUAUGGUUAUUGAUCCUUUAAUUGAAGAAAAAUAUUUUAUAUCUACCGGUUGCUUAAAAGGUGGUGGUGCUAGACCUAGUAAAUCUAGCAACGUGAAAAAUCACAGAAGAGAAAACUUAUGUUGUCAAGGUGAAGAUGCUUUUCAAACCGUAAAGAAUGAACUGGAUUUGUUGAGAAAAGCGAGAAACUCUAAUCGUAUGUCGCGUAUCGUUAUAAAAAAUGAGUCUGAAUAUUCACUUGUUUAUAAAAAUCAUGAAAAAUAUAGUGGAUUCUUUUCCCCAGAUGCAAAAGAUGCAUUUCACUUUGAAAAUAAGAGAGAUGGACAAUAUCGCCUAAAAUCAUGA